GUGGCUGUGAAACCCGGAAGAAGAUCCGUGUCGUCUUCCGGUGCGCGCCGUGUGCGUUUGUGCAGCUCGGACUCGCCUCAGGUUUGAUCCUCGUUUGUUUGGAGUCAUGUCGGACGACGACGACACUCCGCUGGUGAAGAAGCCUCGGGUUUUCUACGGAAGCCUGGAGGACAAAGAGCGAGAGCGACUCAACGCCGAGUCCGGGUCUAAACCGGGACCAGAGUCUGGGGUCCAGUCAGGGAUCCAGGCCGGGAUUCAGGCCGGUAUCCAGACCGGGAUCCAGGCCGGGAUUCAGGCCGGGAACAUCAACAUCUCCUCAGGUGAGACUCUGGACAUAGAGGAGCGUGUAUGUGAGCGGUUGGAGGAGUUCGAGAGGCGGAGGAGGGCGAGGCAGAUCACCGUCUCCACCGACGACACCGAGGUCAAAGCCGGACUCAGAGCUCUGGGAGAACCAAUCACAGUGUUUGGAGAGGGCCCGGCGGAUCGCCGCGAGAGGCUGAGGAGUAUUCUGUCGGUGGUUGGACCUGAUGCUCUGAAGAAAUCUCGAAAAGACGAAGAGCGAGGUCGAAGGUCACACGAAGAGUGCAGUCAGACGUGGUACCAUGAAGGCCACGCCUCUCUUCAAGAAGCUCGUCUGUGGUUGGCUCAUUACUCUCUGCCCAGGGCGAUGCGGCGUUUGGAAAACGCUCGGCUGCAGAAGGACGUCUCUGAUGCAACGAAAGCCAUGAAACAACAAGAACUUCACAAAGGACUCAGAAACCUGAAUAACUUCUGCAGUCAGAUCGGAGACGAUCGUCCAAUCAGCUUCUGCCACUUCAGCCCAGACUCCAAAGUCCUGGCAACAGCCUCAUGGUCUGGUUUGUGCAAACUCUGGUCUGUCCCCGACUGUAACCUCAUCCGCACACUCCGAGGACACAACACAAACGUGGGCGCGAUCGUGUUCAGGCCCAACGCCACAAGUACAUCUGACGUCAAUCUGGCCUCGUGUGCUGCCGACGGGACUGUGAAACUGUGGAACAUGGAGAGUGAUGAGCCGGUGGCGGACAUCGAGGGACACUCUGACAGAGUGCCCCGUGUGGCGUGGCACCCGUCGGGACGCUUCCUGGGAACCACAUGUUACGAUAACUCGUGGCGUCUGUGGGACCUCGAGGUUCGGGAGGAGAUUCUGCAUCAGGAGGGACACAGUAAAGGAGUCCACGACAUCCACUUCCACCCAGACGGCUCCCUCACAGCGACAGGGGGCCUGGAUGCGUUCGGUCGCGUGUGGGACCUGAGGACUGGACGCUGUGUUGUUUUCCUCGAGGGACACCUCAAAGAAAUCUACAGCGUGAACUUCUCCCCCAAUGGGCACCACCUGGCCACAGGAAGUGCAGAUAACACGUGUAAAGUUUGGGAGCUGAGGAACCGCAGGUGUCUGUACACUGUCCCCGCCCACCAGAACCUUCUGUCGGCUGCACGCUUCCAACCAACUGACGGUCACUUCCUGUUGACCGGAGCCUACGACAACACGGCCAAAGUUUGGACUCAUCCUGGAUGGAUGCCCCUGAAGACACUGGCAGGACACGAAGGAAAGGUGAUGGGGUUGGACAUUUCUGCCGAUGGAAAGUUAAUUGCGACCUGCUCUUACGACAGAACCUUCAAACUCUGGAUGUCUGAAUGAACAGUUUUUAUUUUGAAAAUGUCUUGUUUCUUAAAUAAAGUUCAUAUUUGUAAAA